AUGGAAGCGCCAAGAAUUGAUUUCAAGAUCUUAACGGCCACCGAAGAAGACGCCUUCACGCUCGCCCAUGUGGAAGCUAUUGCCAAUGACGAAGCGAACAAAGCCAGAGGAGAGACCAACCUUUCCCAUGUCAUUUUUGGUCCUCCCAGCGAUGCGAGGAAAGAGUUCCGAGCCAAGGGAAUUAUCGACAAGAUGAAAAACGACAAGUACGCGCGGUAUUGCAAAGCAGUUGUCGAAGAAAACGGCGAAGAGAAGAUUGUGGGUUGGGCGAAUUGGUUCUUCUAUACCGAGCUCCAACCCAUUGAGUUUAAGGAGAUCGACUGGCCCGCGGGAACGAAUUCAACGGCCUGUAAUGAGUUCGUUCGGACGCUGACGACAGUGAGGGCGAAGCAUCAGACGGGCAAGAAGUUUGGCUACCUCCAAGUGCUUGCAACGCUGCCCCAGUAUCGCGGGCAGGGAAUCGGCUCUGGCCUCCUCAAGGUCGGCCUCGCCGAGGCUCGCGAGCUCGGCCUGACUGAAUUCUUCCUGGAGGCAUCUGAUGAUGGCCACGAUCUCUACGCGAAGUUCGGAUUUGCCGACGUUGAGCGUAUCAUGAUAGAUCUUGUACCCUAUGGAGGAAAGGGUGAGGCGCAAGUGAGAGCCAUGAGUAUUCUCCCGAACUAA